UGUGAAGUUCUGCAUAAAUGGGUUCAGGGAUUUUUAUUUCAUGUUCGUUCUAGGCUAUGGAAAAUGCAUUGUGGGUAAACCGCAGCCGGAACAGUGACUACUGCCGCCGGGAUCAUCAUUCCAGUGGCUCCUGCAAGCUCGCCCUGCCUCAGACCAGCGCGUCUGUCAGUCCUCUGCUGUGCCUAAGGCAUAAGCUCAGCUGACGUCUGCUCUGUGUAUCUCGGCAAGCAGAGUAACACAGCAGCCUUAUUUAUGGGCUGGGGCCAGCUUCUGUUUUAUGAUGCUGUGAUUAGCACCUUGCCGAUAGCGCCCCACCCCGUCCCUGGUAUUGCUAAAUGACUUUCCGAACUGGACUGGAACUGGAAUGCAGUUAACUCGGGUGUGAUGUCAUUGCCAGCUCCGACUUCCGCCCUCCGAGGGUCAAGUGGACAUGGAAGGGCUUAGGAAGACCAGGCUGCCCUUGGAUAUUUAAUCUUACGAAGAUUGACAUCUCAGCAAUGGUACACGUGCUCCAAUUCGUGGACCUCUCAGACAGCCGAUUCUGGGGUGCCGUCCUCAUCAUCAUUUUCAAUCCUCUGUUCUGGAACGUGGUGGGCCGCUGGGAACACUGGACCCGGGGGCUGUCCAGACUUUUCGGGGGUCCCUAUGUGGCAUUAUACUUCCUGGCCUCCCUCAUCGUCCUACUCAACGUGUUUCGUAGCCACAGCAUUACAGAGGCCAUGAAGGCCCAACCUAAGUGGGAGCUGCUGGACUCUACACUGGUCUUCUACACUGGGUUGGUCCUGAUGGUUCUGGGCUCCAUCUUCGUCCUGAGCAGCUUCUACGCCCUGGGCUUCACUGGGACCUUCCUCGGCGACUACUUCGGCAUCCUGAUGGAGCACAGGAUCACGGGCUUCCCCUUCAACGUGAUGGACAACCCCAUGUACUGGGGCAGCACCGGAAACUACCUGGGUCUGGCGCUGAUCCAUGCCAGUCCUGUAGGCCUCAUCCUGACCGUGGUUGUGGGAGUCUGCUACAAGGUGGCGCUCUUCUUCGAAGGACCAUUCACCGAGGCAGUCUACCGGGAGAAAGCCUGCCACUCCAAGAGCCAGUGAUGGAGGUGGACAUCCGAAAGAACUCCCCCCUCCUACCGUGACCAGCUCACCUGGCACAGCCCCAACAGACAACUCCAUCUGCCACCAUCUUCAGCUGUUUAUUUCCUGGAGCGCCCAAUCUGAAGGAGUGGGCGUGGCCAGACACAAAGACCAUCCAAUCAUUUUUGGGACAGCUGGCAGGGAGCCUAUAGAUGCAGAGGGUGUUUCAGGAGGGGGAGGGGUUGUAAUUCCAGUGGCCAGUGGAAAGUUACACUAAUGGCAUAAACACUGUUUCCUUUGGCCUGUCAUUGAUUCGUUCCUUCACAUGUAAACUGCUCCCAGGCUGAUUAAUGGCCGACCUUCUGCUGAGACCCCAAGCUCUGCUCUCGCCCCUGUGUGUGAAAACCAAAGCAUUCCAUUCAUACAAAUGGCAAAUAAAGCAUCAUUAUUAUUGCAGCUGAA